GUCUCGUCGAAGCAUGUCUACCUCACAUUCCAACCCGCCAAUGAAGCACGUCCCUGCUGACUCUCUGAACUCUUUGCCCGAGCGCGUGCAGUAUCUCAAAGACUUCAUUGGCUUUGGACCAGAGGAUGCAGCCACUCUCCACGCAGCCAAGCCCGUCAUCGCUCCUCUCUUGCCAGCCAUUCUCGAUGCCGUCUACGCGAAGCUUUUUUCGUUCGACAUCACCCGCGCGACCUUCCUUCCUCGAAACACAGGUUUCAAAGGCGAGACGGCGAAGACCCUGUCUGAGCUGACGCUUGAUCAUCCCCAAAUUGCUAUGCGCAAAGACUUUUUGAAGGCGUAUUUCGUGAAGCUCGUUUCGGCAGAUUACGACGAUAUCAAAACGUGGGAGUAUCUUGACCGUGUGGGCGUCAUUCACACGGGCGUGAAACAGCAGUUGAACACGGGGAAAGCAUCGACCAAGUCCCCGCUACGCGUCGAGUUCAUACAUAUGGGUUUGCUCCUAGGCUAUGUCGAGGAUAUAGUCAUUGAUGCUGUCUUGGAACAUCCCGACCUCGACCUCGCGACAAAGCGUGCUGUCCUCAAAGCUUUCAAUAAAAUUCUUUGGAUUCAAAAUGAUCUCUUUGCAAAACACUACGUCAAGGAUCUCGAUGAGAUCGAGGCAGAAAGAACGCAGGACGCACUGCCAAAAUAUUCUUUCACGCAAUUUCCUAUCUCCAUCGUUCUUUCCCUCGCUCUCACGGGCCUCGCGUACAAAUGCUUUGUUGCAUAGUCACACUUCUGCACAUUCCACUCAUACUCGGCCCACAGUCAUUGAUUGGGCCUGUAAUAUAUCGAUCCGUGUACUAAUAUUGA